AUGGUCAGUUAUCGUAUAGCUCAGGCUGGUAAAGCUCAUACAAUCGCCGAAAGUCUCAUUAAACCUUGCGUGACUGAUAUUGUUAGUUGUAUGUUAGAUGAAAAGACAGCCAAAAAAAUAAAUACUAUUCCACUUUCCAACGAUACAGUUAGGCGUAGAAUUAACGAUAUAUCAGAUCACAUAAAAUCUGAAUUAAUAUCUCGUCUUAAAUGUAAUAAUUUUUCUUUACAAAUGGACGAAUCUACUGACGUUUCUGGAUUAGCUGUAUUGCUUGUAUUUGUUCGGUAUAAAUAUCAAACUUCUCUUGAAGAAGACCUCUUAUUAUGUCAACCUUUGUCCACUUAUACAACUGGUUAUGAAAUCUUCAAAAUGCUGAACACUUUUUUCGAAACAGAAGGAUUGACUUGGGAUACUGUAUUGAUAUUUGUACAGAUGGGGCGAAGGCAAUGGUUGGAAAAACUGCUGGCGUGGUUUCGCGAAUUAAAGAAGUAA